AAAUGGGAUAUGAUAGUCCGUGACUAGUAAACAUCGUCCAUACAUAUUGCAUUAUGUGACAGGAUCGCUCCCCACGAAGAUGUCCCUCGUUCGUACGGGCGUUGUCCUGGGAGCAGUUAUAAGCCCCGGGGUUAGGACUUCUUCACAAUACGGCUUGUCCCUCGUGUUUCUUCCAGUACUUAGUCGUUUCCAUCCAAUAGGGGAAGCAUGUCGUCCACGAGAGAAGGCGACAAGGUAUCGCCAGAAUCACAAAAAGAUGACGCCCCGGGUUCCAUUAAGCAGGAGGACAUCGAUCUUAUAGAGCAGGCCUCUCUUGGAUCUCAUGCUAGCCGGGCAAAGACUGCCAUCGAUGAACUCUCCCCAGCACACAAGGAGUUCCUCCUUCAAAGACAUGGCAGUUUGGAUCUGGAUCCGGUGCCUUCAUUUAGCGGUGCUGACCCAUACAACUGGCCGACAUGGAAGAAAAAUAUUAAUCUCAUCCUCGUGGCCUUUCACGCCAUGAUGGCGACGUUUACUGCCGGAUCAAUCAUCCCAGCAUAUGAAGACAUCGCCCAAGACUUCGGGGUCAGCAUCCAGCGUGCAUCGUACCUUACAUCCCUCCAGAUCGCGAUUUUAGGCGGUGCUCCUCUUAUAUGGAGGCCGCUGUCCAAUCGCUUUGGGCGUCGCCCAAUCUUCCUCCUGUCGACGAUCUGCAGCCUAGCAGGCAAUAUUGGCUGCGCCAAGAGUCCAGACUAUGCAUCGAUGGCAGCAUGUAGGGCCAUCGUGGCCUUCUUUAUUUCCCCAGCGGCGGCGCUGGGAAGUGCCGUGGUUAUGGAGACUUAUUUUAAGAAGCAGCGUGCGCGUUACAUGGGAAUAUGGACAGUGAUGGUGACGCUAGGAGUUCCUGUUGGGCCAUUGAUAUUUGGAUUCGUCGCCUUUCGCGUAGGAUACCGAUGGAUCUUCUGGAUACUGGCCAUAGUCAAUGGUGUCCAAUUCAUCCUCUACAUCUUCUUCGGGCCAGAAACACGCUUCCUCGGGGAUGACAUCGACAGUCAAGCUUCCGAGUUCAGAAACCAGUAUAUUUCGCUCCGACGCAUUGAUACCAAGCCACUCAGCCUCUGGGGAUUCAUCCGGCCAUUGACUCUGGCGAAGAAUCUGACCGUACUCAUCCCGGCUGUCGCCUACGCGAUGGUCUUCCUGUUCGGCAGCAUCUUGAUCACAGUGGAGAUUCCCCAGCUUCUCCAGACGAAAUUCAAUCUCAACACAGAACAGGUGGGAAUGCAAUUCAUCGGUGUUAUCAUCGGGUCUAUCCUCGGUGAACAGCUAGGAGGAUCCAUGUCUGACGCGUGGAUGGCCCAACGCGCAAAACGAAUCCGAACUCGACCUGAGCCCGAAUUUCGACUUUGGCUGAGCUACAUCGGUUUCGUAUUGACCAUUGUCGGUCUGAUUGUCUUCCUGGUUACAACUGAACAGGCGCCCAAGGGUCAUUGGGUAGUGUCCCCUGUUGUUGGAGCUGCAAUCGCCGCUUUUGGGAACCAAGUCGUGACCACGGUAUUGGUCACCUAUGCCGUGGACAGCCUACCACAUGAAGCAGCCAGUGUUGGUGUAUUUAUCACUUUCGUCCGACAGAUCUGGGGAUUCAUCGGGCCGUUCUGGUUCCCUGAUAUGUUCGAGAACGUUGGCACAGCAGCUAGUGCAGGUGUCACGACUGCUCUCAUGGUGGGCGUAAGUGCCAUCCCAACAAUCCUAUUGCACUGGCAAGGAAAGAAAUGGCGAUUUAGAGAAACCGAGUCCGCCCUGAAAUGAUUUUCAUCGUAUUGUAUAGCAUGUAUCGCUCAUUGUAUGUUGUCAUUUGCGCAUAUGGGAAUAAGAAUGGAAAAUGGAGAGUGAACACGAACGCUAAUGCGAAAGCGCAUGCUAUUCAUGAUAAUCUUUGCAUCUGGUUCAGACUUUCUUUUCUCAAAAUUGAUAUGGUUCUCUAUGAAUCAUCCAAAUGGAACUUUUGAACACCUAUUUAUAUGGAUAAGACCUUUCCACCUGCUCUGCUUCAAGCAAUCUCAAGUGGGAUGACACGGAAAACAGAUAAAGACCUGCACGAGUCCGCAUCGACCGGCGUCGUAUGAUGUCUUUGAUCCUGGUUUUCUUACCAUCCUCCCUAGUCAGAACUGGAUAGUUGGUCA